AUGGACUUCUUCACCGCCGUCGACAGCGACAAGGUCUCUUUGCGAGACCACCCCGUCGAUCCCUUUGCCCAAGCCGUUGCCUCACGCUUCGGCUCGCCCCCAAUCUUCACCGCCCACCUCAGCCCAACCAACCACUCUCCGAAUUCGCCCAUGGAAAUCAUGUCCUUCCCUUCAAAAUGUUCUCCUCAGCCAACGUCUUCAUCGUCCUCCUCUUUCCCUCCCCUCGCUGCUCGCUCUCUCCACGAAUGGCUCGACGAUCCCUCUACCCUCAUCGUUGACAUUCGCCCUCACGCCGCCUACUCCUCCGCUCGCAUACCUGGAGCCCUCUGUCUUUCAGUUCCGUCUACUCUCCUGAAACGUCCGCUCUUCUCUCUUGAGCGUCUUGCUGCCAUGCUGCCAUCGUCCAGCACCCGUAACCGAUUCUCUGCCUGGCACUCUGCUUCACGCAUCCUUGUCUACGACGCUGAUUCGGCUGCCAUUCCAGACUCAUCGAAUAUUCAAGGUUUGUUACGGAAGUUUAAGAACGAUGGAUUUCGAGGGGAACUUGCCUGGUUGCAAGGCGGAUUCCAAGGCGUAUGGAGGGAGAGAAGGGACCUUGUCAACACUCGUCCUCCCACUCCGGAGGCUGAAAGCGAGGAAGAUGGCGAGGACACAAACCAGCCACACCAAACCUCCCUCCUUCGUACUCGUAACCUCCCCAUGUCAGCUUUUUCCCUGUCUUCGACCAUCAUACGCAAUUCCCCUCACCUGGGUCAAAAGAACACGAGUCGCCCACACACAUCCCAACAUAUCUGUCCGCCUCCAUCGAUCUCUUCACAUGCUUACUCACGCCCCGCAUGCAAUCCUUUCUUCGAUACCAUCCGCCAAAAUCUCGAGCUUUCCCACGGUAUCACGGAAUGCAUACCCCUCCGCCUUCCCCGCCGCGUCCGUCGCCGCAUACAUGAACUUCCAUUUCCUUGGCUCCAAAACAUCGCGCAUCGCGCUGGCAAGGCAGUCAACAUUCCGAGUUCCCAGUCCGAUCUGUUGUCAUCUGACUCGGACGACGAUUCCCCUGAUUCAGCCAAUGUUGAAGAGGGUGCUGAAGCCUUGGCCAUGCAAUUCUAUAGAAUAGAAUUGGCUGAACAAAGACGCUUGAUGGGAAUUAUGGAGCAUCAUUCAAAAGAAAGCGGAGAAGUUCCGGUUCCAGGAGCAAAGCUGUCGUUUCCAUUCAGUAUAACAGCCGGGGUGGAGAAGGGGGCUAAAAAUCGUUACCGACAUAUCUGGCCGUUUGAACAUGCUCGCGUACGGCUCCAUCAGCGGAGACCUUCAGAUGACGACUACGUCAACGCAUCAUACGUUCAGCCUUUGGGCACCAAUAGACGAUACAUCGCAACACAAGGUCCUCUUCCAGCCACCUUUGUUGAUUUUUGGACCCUCUGUUGGGAACAAAAUGUGCAUGUUAUUGUUAUGCUUACACGCGAAGUGGAAGGUGCUAUGGUCAAAUGUGGGUCUUAUUGGACAGAAAACGCUUUUGGGCCCCUCCGACUUCGUUUGAUCUCAACGAGUGGUCUCAUGCCUGAAGACGAUCAACCAGGGUUUUUUGCAAAUCCGUCAACAUCUUCCAUAUUCACUCCAGACUCGUCAAGAAUACAAGGAGAACAUCGUUAUAAGUCAGAAACAAUAAAACGUGUUUUUGAAUUGGUUCAUACAGGACAUCCAGCGGCCAAACCCAGAACGGUUGUGCAUCUGCAGUAUUUGGAGUGGCCGGAUAUGAAUGUCCCUGACGAUCCGAGAGGCGUGUUGGGCUUAAUCAAACAGGUACAAGAAGCUGUUGAAGAGACCAAUAUCCAAGAUGAACCAUCUGUCCAAUCAAAGAAUGUCGAUAUGUCGACGAUUGAACUUGACGAGACGGUUGGGAUUGCCAAGCAUGCACUUGGAAAGAACAGUCCCGUUCUUUUGCAUUGUAGUGCAGGGGUGGGACGGACAGGUGGUUUUAUCGCAGUGGAUGCGGUGUUGGAUGCUAUCAGGAGGGAAAUUAGGACGACGUUUAGAGCUCAUCGCGGUGGCGAGGCCAUGGACGUCGAUCUUUCGAUUUCUGAAUCGGCCAUAGUGGAAGAAAAUGGAACCAGUCAUUCCUCCAUGGCCACCAUUCCAAUUGCUGUGACAUCCGGGCACCCUCUAUCGUCCACUCAAUUGGACGGUUCCGCCAAAGAAGGAAAAGGUAGCUUGACGAUUUCUUCUGGCUUGGCUGUCCAUGUUCCCGUGGCAUCCGCCAUCCUGCAUCCUCGAGAAUUGCAAUAUGAGAACUCUGUCCUCGCGGCCGACACAUGCACAAGGAAAUGGGUGGAGAACGUAGCCCAAUAUGGUAGACCUGUCGCUACGGGAUCAUCAAGUUCAGAGGGAUCAGAGGGAUUGCAGCAUGCGCAUGGCAGCUAUCAUCACCCAUCCUCAUCCCUUGACACCUCCGUGUCUGGGACCUCGUCACCCUCAAAAUCGUUGUUCCCUCCCGCUGGUAUACAAAGUAUCUCAACAACCCUGCCAGAUCACCUUCCAACUUUCAGUAAACGGUGUGAAGAUCACUCAAGAAAUGUCCCGGUAAAUGUGACAUCAUUAGCUUCCACCUCAAGGGUUUUCAAACCAGCAACGGGAGGACAAUCGAUGCCUAAUUUGUUGGGCAAACUGAGUGACACACUCCCUGUUCCCAUUGAUCAUCAUUUUGCAAGUGAUGCGGAACUACCAUCAAGGUCACAGUCGCCUUCGGCUGAUGAAGAGAGCAGACAACACGACGGUCGUCAGCUGCAAAGUUCUCACCCUCGCCCUAUGGAUUCGGCAUGUACUGCACCCUUCACUUCGCCAAGCACAAACGAUUCCGAACACAAGUCAUUCGACUACAAAGAGCCACGGCCUUUGCAUGAAGACGAUUCCCCUCUGGCAUUAACAUCGUUCGAUGAUCCUAUUUGGGAGGUGGUCCAAGACAUGCGAGAGCAGCGAAUGAGUUUGUGUCAGAGUCUGCGGCAAUAUGUCUUUGUGCAUGCUGCUGUCAUCGAGGGAGCAUUGAUGGUGCUUGAUCAGGAGAAAGAGAGUAUGGUGCCUGCCAAUGCAAACUUGCCACCACCCAAGAUCCAAGAGGCGAGUACUUUGACGUCCCAAUCUGUGCAUGUAAGCGAAGAUGCCUUUAUGGCAUCUUCCGUGUCGAUAGGAAAACGAGGCGCCAGUCCGACCGAGUUAUUGAAGGAAGGGAAGACAGGCGAGGUACUGGAGCCAAAGCGCCCCAGCAUCAAACGGAAACACCGAAGCAAAGAUGCCUCUGACAAUUUGCGAUACCCCUCAAUGCCCAUCCGAAGUAUCAGCCAUGUCGUUCACCAUGGAACGAUGUCUGUAAAGACAUUCCCGCCUUAG